CGAUAGUGCUUACAGUCCAAAACUCCAAAUCCUCGCUAAAAGAUAGGGCGGGAUGGCGCCAAAAUCUGGCGCUCAAAUCGACCAAUUUUGGUGUUUCCCUUUUCCGCUGCACGACCCACUAGCACCAUGCCCCCCAAUCCGCUGUAACUUCCACCUCAUCCUCCACAAAACAAUCACGAUUGAUGGCAGCUGAGAGAGCACACAAAAUCAUCUAGCAAUCGGGCUGCAGAGAUGCCCUCCUCGCCGGUACCAUCUCUAUUGAAGUUUUUUUUCAUCUGGUAGCCCAUCGCUUCCCCGCGAUUCAUCUCUUGCAAAUACUGGAGCGUCUCCCCCUGAUCCAUCUCUUCCAUUAAUCAUCUUCCUCAAUCCCCUCUGGUGGCGGGUGCCUUUGUUGUUCUAUCUUGGAAGCUGCAUCUGUACAGUGAGCUAGCCAGGAUGGGGGACGACUCGUGGACCGUGAACUUGUUCAUGAAGGAUGCUCCAUCUCAUCAGAAUUUUGUUGAACAAACAAUGGACAGAGACCUGAUAUGCUAUUUCGACAUUUUUGGUAUGGUUGAGAAGUAUGGGUACACAACAAGUGAUGCUCUGUACUGCAAAAGAGAUAGCCAUGGACGUCAUAAGGCAUGUUUGGUUAAAAUUAGUAAUGACAACGAUGUGGGUAAGAUGCUGCUUGAACAUGAAGCUGAUCGGAAGUUGACCUUUUUUGUCGAGAAGCGUCAUCGCUAGUUUGAACACGGGUGUUCAUUUUGCUGCACCAACCCACACUGGAUCAAGUGAUGAUGCAAUGGAGGGAUAUGAUACUGAGUCAUCAAAUGAAAGCGACCAUGAGACAGAUAGAGAUGAAUUAGAUCAUGAGUCGGAAGCUAUGAAGAGGCGUUGGGCUGACCCUAGUGUACAUCCAAAGAAGCACAAGCGGCCAAGGAAGUCAGUAUCUAAUUUGGAAGAUCAUGAUCAUGGGGAUUUAGAUGAUCCUCUGGAACCCCUACAGAAUGGGGAUGAAGAUGAGGAGAUUUUGCAGGAUCCCCUAGUAGAUUCAGAAAAUGAGUAUCAAGAUCUUGCAGAACUUGACACUACAAUUUCUGGAGUUUCUGCAGAAUCUGGAUCCAUUAAAAUAGUCUGGCCCAAUGGAGUUAUUCAAGAGUAUAGGGGUCGUUUCACAGUAUCUAAUGUGAUGAACAUUAAAUCUGGUGGAAAGGUAAUUGUUGAAACUGAUGAAAAUGGCGUUCCAAACCAAAGGUCAGCUGGCCUUCUUGGUUCAUUUCUUCGUGGUCUGGCCAAGAAUUCUUCCCAUGUGCCACUACAUAUCCCAAGAUGGGACAACAAGCUAAUGCGAAAGCCAAAGAAGAAUCUCAUCACUUAUGUUGAGACAAAAUUUGUGUACCCUGAGGAGACAAAGUACACUACAGAAGGAUGGAUAUUGAAGAUUGUCAACAAAGGAUGGAGAGAUUACAAGUCUUCCUUGAAGAAAGAGUACUAUAAGCCAAAUAAGUGGUCACUAGAUCGAAUCAUGAGACGAGUUCCUGACGGUGUUAAUAAACAUCAGUGGAUAACACUACUUGAGACUUGGUGCCAGGAGCAACACACAAAAACAUGUGAGAGGAACUCUGAAGCUGGAAAGCAACAACGCCAUUCACACACCACCGGAAGGAAAAGCCACGCAAGAUUGAAAAAAGAGAUGGAAGUCAAGAAUAAAGGACCUGUCAGCAAAAUUGAUCUAUGGGAUGAAGCUCAUAAGAAGAAGGAUGGAACAUAUACAAAUGAGAAUGUCCAACAACUGAUGCAUAAAGCUCGGAAGGAGUUAGCAAUUCUUGAGAGGAAGAAAAAUGGGAAGCUAUCACCAGAAGAUUAUGACAAAGUGUUUGAUGAUGUUAUAGCAAAAGAUUCAACAAUUGGUACAUACUAUGACGAGAAGUACUGGGGCGAUGCAAGGUUAUGUCGAGGCUCAACUUCUUUUCCAGGGGCAUCAAGUGAAGUCAUGGUUCAAAACAAACUUCAAGAAAUGAAAGCUGAUCUGAAGAAUGUUACUGGACUCAUGGGAAGAAUGUGUGCUUUUAUGGCACGAAACCAUCCCGGUGAAGAUUGGAUGAACGAUGUGAUGACUGCUGGAAAUGAAAUCAAGAAGGGUAACCAACCGGAGGAUCCAGCCCCCAUGCUCCAGUCCAAUAACAUCACGAUGAACAUCUCAGAUAGAUUUGGUGGUGAUUAUGAGGUUGAUGGUGUUGAAAGACCCAUGGCCAACAUUCAUACUACAGGAAGUGAUCCAAAGGAAGCAAUAGUUGCAAAUGAACCUACAUCUCAGAAUCCUGGAAAUGGAACUGAGGAGGCACCCACAAGGAAGGAAUCACUUGAAGAAACUUCACAUCCGGCGAGCAUUUCGAAAAGACUCAACAAUGUUAUCCAACAUAGUGUUAAUGAGACUGCUAAAUCCAAUGAAGUUGUUCAAACUUCCAACAAAAAUACAAAGCGUGUGCGUGCUGCUAAAGAUACAGAACAUUUCCAGAAUUCAUCCUCACCACAUGAACAAAGAUCAGUGAAGGCAUCCACAUCCACAACAAAGGAAGUACCAAAACAUAAGACUGCACGAAAGAAACAAAAAAUUGUCAUCUUGCUCUCAUUGGCCCCAAGAACUAAAGGCUUGGUGGUUGGUAAAGGAAUCUUAAAAAGUAGAGAUAGCAAAUAUAUGGUUCAAGGGGAUACAUUGGGUGACUCAUUUUGGGCAAUCAGUGUUCUAAAUGUUAGUAAACUUGGAUGUGAAGAACUGCCUCGACCAUUUGAAGAUAUCCAAACUGUAGAAGAUGCUAUUGGUCAUUGCAUUGCUUGGCCAUCUACUCAUGUUAAGAGAGUAAAAGAUGUUUCAAACUAAGGUAACAUGUCUUCUGAUCUUGCAAUGCAAGUAAAUUUCACAAAGUGUGACAAGAGAUCAGGGGAACUCGAAGUGCUGAUCAUUUCACAAGAGCGGAAGAGCAGUGUGUAUUAUUUUAAAUACUAUGCUAUUUAGUUUUUCGUGUGAUGUUGCCUAGCAAGGGGAGGUUAUCUCGUGCUCACAACAUGUUUAGUUUUCUGUUUUUUCUUUCAUGAACAUCUAGCGCUCACACUUAGGUGUUGUGGUCUGUUUUUAAGUUCAAUAUUUGUGUUUCUUUUAUCAAUCAUUGAACCCUCAGUAUAUUUAUACUGAAAUUAUCAAAUGUGUACUCAAUUGUAUUUUGUUCAUGUGUUGUAAUAUAUUUGGUAUACAUGUGUA